AUAUCUAGGUCUUACUUGACUUUAUACCCAUCUCUUUUGUGUCUGCUGGCCUCCGUCAUUCGGUGGCUGUCUCAGGUAGAUUCGUCUAUUAAUCUCGCUCUAGUCUCCGGGGAACUUUACCUUUGGGGCUGCAAUCGUUAUAACCAGCUUGAUCCGUUCGGAAAGAUUCACGCGCCCAAAGCCGCUCGAUCCAUACGUUCUCCAUUAAAGAUAUCUUUUGACUGCCUUAAGGCCGUAAACGAUCGUAUCGUUAGCUGCUCGGCCGGAGCUCACCAUUCAGCUAUUCUAACAGAAAAAGGAAGAGUUGCUGUUUGGGGAGAUCCCAGAUUUGGUGUGCUCGGACCACUUUGUGACCACUCAAAAGAAAAAUCUUCAAUCACCUGGUUUGGGCCCGCAGAUUUUGAUGGGAAGCGAGUUGUUUCUUUGUCUUCCGGCUGGAGUCAUUUAGCUGCUUUGACGGAAUGCGGGGAUAUCUUUACUUGGGGCCGUGGACACCUCGGAUGCCUGGGUCACCUUGAUCCUACUUGCCCAGACUUCUGUAGUUCUCUCACAGAACAAGCGAAGCCCCAAGUCACUACUCAGGUCAAUCCUCAUUUGAUUGCUACUCACCCCCGCCAAAUCCUUUUCCCACACCGUACUGGAGACGAUCACUGCUUACCAUUGCCAGUACCCCAGAUACCUUCUACAAGUUGUCAUCAACUGGCCUGUGGCUCUGAGCAUUGUCUCGCUUUGGACACCACGGGUUGCCUCUGGGCUUGGGGUUGGAAUGAGCAUGGUAUGUGCGGUAACUCAGAUCGUAAAGAAGGACAGCAAACAUCCAGUGGGGCUUUCCCCAACAACUGUAUUUGGCAUCCAGUACCUGUUUCUUUUUGUGAGGUCUCAUCCCCGUCAGACGUUGAAGACAAGAAAUUUUUUUUGCCGCUGGGCCUUGUUUCUGCCGGUUAUGGGCAUAGUUUCGCCACUGUACGGGCUUGA